AUGUUAAGAAAGAUAUCUCAAUAAUAAUAAGAAUAAUAGUUAAAAAAUUAAAGUCUAAGAAUUGGGGAUGAAUCAGAAUUCAAUCUAAGGAAAUUUAGAGAAAGCAUCUAUACAAAAAUGUAGCAAUUUGGUAAUUCAGAAUAACAAUAAAUCUAUGUUAAAGGAACAGCUCCAUCAAUUACUAAAAAGCCUACAAUGAACUAAUCACUUGGAGAGUAUUUGAACUUUUAUUAUUUGUAGUAUUCCUUCAUUUGAUGAGAUUUGUAAAAAAUUACAGGUUAGAAAGAUGUGA